AUGUUUAGAGUUUCUAAUGAAAAAUCAAAAUUGUUAAUUGAAAAUAAAUUGGCAGAUGUCCCGUGCGGUAAUGGGGAAAGCGGAACGCGGACCGCCCGGAUCGUUGGAGGUGAAAACGCGAUACCGCGAGAAUUUCCUUGGUUGGUCAGCAUUACGAGAAAGGGUGGCCAUUUUUGUGCCGGUACUAUACUCAACUCAAGAUUCAUUCUGACCGCCGCGCACUGUUUAUGCUCAGGUACGUCGACAAUUCCGAUACGUCAAUUACGAGUGACUCUUGGCGAGUAUGACUUGAAAGGCCCGGAAACGCCAGCGGCGAGAGAGGAAAGUGUCAUUAACGCGGUGGUGCAUCCCGGUCACAGGUGUGGCCGAUACGUCGACGACAUCGCCCUGUUAGAACUGGCGAGGCCGAUUACCUGGUCGGAAAGCGUGAAACCCGCCUGUUUGCCCGCGGCAUCAGGAAACCCAGGGUACAGAGCUUUCGGUGGCGAGAACGCAAUCGCCGCUGGUUGGGGUUGGCUCGGCGAAGACAGAUCUAGAUACAAAAGAGCAGACGUGAUGCAGAAAGUAAAGGUUCGAGUGGUGGAGAACAACAUUUGCAGAGAAUGGUACGCCAGUCAAGGAAAAUCUACACGCGUGGAAUCGCAACAAAUGUGCGCUGGGCACGAGGAGGGGGGUAGGGACUCUUGUUGGGCUGACAGCGGUGGUCCUCUUAUGAUCGGAAGUAAUCCUGAUGGAAGAACAAUGGUCAUCGGUAUAGUUUCCUCUGGAGUGGGUUGUGCCCGACCACGUCUACCUGGUGUUUAUACGAGAAUCUCCGAAUAUAUAUCUUGGAUCACGCAACAAAUAACGUUAAAAAGAUAACUUUGUACGUUCAAAAAAUCAUCGAUAUCAUUCUUGAUCUUAACUUUGAUUUCAUCAUUCAUAGAUUGAAAUUGAUUAGAUCAUUGACGAAUCUACUCGUCGAUUCUUUGCACAUCAUCGCUCAGAUCAUUUAGUCAAAUAGAUAAUAAUAACAUAUGUACAUAUAUGUAUGUUCUUCGUAACGAAUCAUAAGAUACGAAUGGAUGAUAAUCUCAUUCGCUAAAAUUCAUUGAUUAUCAUAAACAAUUUUUGCCUCACUCUAAACUAUCCGUUAAGUCCAGUUGAAAUUUUGGCUAUUCAUUUGUUCUGUGUUUACAAAUCAUGCGGUUUAUUAAACAAAAAGUCAUCGAAAAUUAGUUCGAUACGGAACGUUAUAAAUUCAUCAAAUUUAUUCAUAUUCAUAUGUCAUAUAACAAACGCUAAUUUUAAUGCUAAAAAUGUUUAGAGUAUUUUUUAAGAAUAACCUCAUGGAGGUCUAGUCAAUAGUUUGAUAAGAUACAAAGAGAUACAUACUGAUAUAAUAUAAUAUACAUUAUAUACUAGAAAACAAUGCCAAAUAUUUAUAAACCGUUAAUAAAGGAGUUAAUAAGCCAUAAAAGAAAAGUUCACCCAUGCCAUUCAAGUUUACCUACUUACCAAUUCUGUUGAUAGGACGUAGA